GGAAUUGCACCAAAAUUGAGAUUUUCUACAAGCUCCCUUAUUACAGAAAGACUGUUAAGCUCAGGAAGGAGUCACAUACAGGGUGAUUUGAAUUGGGUACAUCACUCAGCCCCAAAUGGAAAAUUGCAGACAAAGUUACCAAAGAAAAACACACUCUCACCUGAGAAAAGCAGGCACAGCUUAGCAUCAAAGAACUACGAGCAGCCUACAAUAGCUUCUAAAUCACGUUCUCCAUCUCCAUACACAAAAAGACGAAUGUGUGAGCUGUCAGAAGAAGCCAGGCAACGACUAGCCCAUUUAAACCUUGGUCCUUAUGAAUUCAGGCGAGAAAACGAUAAACCUCCAUUUGUAGUUAGACGGGUUGAACAGCCAAGUCCUGGUAUUAAAGUUCAUACCUGGUGUCCCACGCGAGAAAGUGCAGCAGAAACCUGGACCAAGAUAGACCCUGAUGCUUCUCUUCUUGGCAGCUACAGACCCAAGAAAGCCGAAGCAAAAUCUACUCAUGGAAAAGACUUUGACAGUUCUGUUGUUUGCAAUGAGGAUGUGAUCUCAGAUCCACCCAACAGACAAUUCCAUUCUUCUGGUUCAUUAGAGCAUUCGGCACCUCCAGCAUUUCAGAAGCAUUCUCUAAGUUCUGUGCUAAAUCGAUCUUCUCUAAGGGAAAGGUUUAGCUCUGGUUGGCCUUCACCAGCAAAUGGAGAUGAGAUCCAUAAAAGAGUGAAAAAUAUUUUAAGGACGCACAGUGCUAGACAGCGCCUAAUAUUUGAUGAGAGUAACUCAUCAAAAGAAGACUCGACUAAGACAAGAAAAUCUUUGCAUAAAGCGCCCUUGUCAAUGAGUGAACUGCAGAGCAGUUCACCAGUGCAGACCACUAUUGUUCACUUGGAUAAUGGUGAAUAUUGGUCUAGUCAUGCAGCUGUAUACAAAGGGAAGCCUCACAGAGCAAUCUUUGAAGAAAGCCUUGAGAAAAUAUACAGAAACAUGUACCGAAAAGCUUCUGGCACUGUUUCAGACCAAAAAACACACUCCUGA